AUGUCCGCCGUGGCGAAGACCUCCAAGUAUACCUACCGCAGCAGCGGCGGGGGCACCACCGACGUCAACAUCGAGUACAGCGCCGACCUGAGUGCUCUCUCCAGACUGGAGGACAAGAUUCGUCUCCUCCACGAUGACCUGGAAUCCGAAAGGGAGCUACGUCAGAGGAUCGAAAGAGAGAAGGCGGACUUAAGUGUGCAAGUUAUCCAGCUCUCGGAAAGGCUAGAAGAGGCUGAGGGUGGAGCUGAGAGUCAGUUCGAGAUCAACAGAAAACGAGACACGGAACUAACCAAGCUUCGUAAACUCCUCGAAGAUGUUCACCUCGAAUCAGAAGAAACAGCUCAUUUGCUUAAGAGGAAGCACCAAGAAAUUGUCGUCGACUUCCAGGAACAAAUUGACAAACUUACACACGGCAAAAGCAGGGUCGAGAAAGAAAAGGCUAAGUUCCAGGCUGAAGUGUACGAGCUGUUGGCCCAAGUGGAAAACAUAAGCAAGGAAAAGAUCACGAUCUCUAAGACUUGUGAAAGACUAGAAAUCACCAUCAGUGAGCUUCACGUCAAGAUCGAAGAAUUGAACCGUACGAUUGUUGACAUUACAUCGCACAAGCAGCGCCUGUCCCAGGAGAACGUUGAGCUCGUUAAGGAAGUUCAGGACCUGAAGGUGAACAUCGAAAACGUAGUGUACCUUAAGAGCCAGGUCAUUAGCCAGCUCGAGGACGCGCGUCGCAGGCUCGAAGAUGAUGAAAGAAGGCGCUCUAUUCUUGAAGCCAACCUUCACCAGGUUGAAAUUGACUUGGAAUCUGUCCGCGUCCAACUUGAAGAGGAGUCUGAGGCUCGUUUGGACCUUGAGCGCCAACUGGUUAAAGCCAACGGUGAAGUCCAGCACUGGAGGUCGAAGUUCGAGGCUGAAGCUGCUGCCAGAGCCGAAGAAAUUGAGGAAAUCCGUCGCAAGUACUCCAUCCGUAUCCAGGAGCAAGAAGAACAGAUUGAAACCCUCAUUGCUAAGAUCAGCAGCGUUGAAAAGCAGAAGUCUCGUCUCCAGAGCGAAGUUGAAGUGCUAAUUAUCGACUUGGAGAAGGCCAAUGGAACAGCUAGGGAGCUCCAGAAGAGGACUGAUCAAUUGGAGCGUGUGAACAUUGAAAUCAAGUCUCGCCUCGAGGAGACAGUUCAGCUGUACGAACAGAGCCAGCGUGACCUCCGCAACAAGCAGACUGAGAUUCAGCGCAUCAGUCACGAGCUUGACAAGACCCGCGAACAGAAGGACGCUCUUGGCCGAGAGAACAAGAAACUGGGUGACGAAUUGCACGACGCCCGCGCAACUGUCACCGAGUUGACCCGCCGUCUUCACGAGCUCGAGAUCGAGCUGCGCCGUCUUGAGAACGAGCGAGAAGAACUCACCGCAGCAUACAAGGAGGCUGAGGCUGGCCGUAAAGCUGAAGAACAGCGUGCCAUGAGAUUGGCUUCUGAACUUGGCCAGUUCCGUCAUGAGGCUGAACGCCGCCUCCAAGAGAAGGAUGAAGAAAUUGAAUCCAUCCGCAAGCAGACUAGCAUUGAGAUUGAACAGCUUAACGCUCGUGUCGUUGAGGCUGAGACCAAGCUCAAGACCGAGGUUACUCGCAUUAAGAAGAAGCUGCAGAUCCAAAUCACCGAGCUCGAACUGUCUCUUGAUGUUGCAAACAAGACCAACAUUGACCUGCAAAAGACCAUCAAGAAGCAAUCUCUGCAGCUUACCGAGAUUCAAACCCACUACGACGAGAUUCAGAGGCAGUUGCAAGUAACACUUGAUCAAUAUGGUGUCGCCCAGCGCAGAAUUCAAUCGCUCACCGGUGAGGUUGAGGAGAUCCGUGGCAAUUACGAACAGGCCCUCCGUGCCAAGCGCACUGUAGAACAAUCCUUCGAAGAGGCCCAGACACGCAUCAAUGAAUUGACUGUCAUCAACGUCAACUUAUCCAGCAGCAAAGCCAAGAUUGAACAAGAGUUGGCCGUUGUCGCAGCUGACUACGAUGAAAUCACAAAGGAACUGCGUGUGGCUGAUGAGCGUUACCAACGUGUGCAGACUGAGCUGAAACACACCGUUGAGCACUUACACGAAGAACAAGAAAGGAUCGUCAAGAUUGAAGCUAUUAAGAAGUCACUUGAAAUUGAAGUCAAGAACAUUUCCGUUCGCUUGGAAGAAGUUGAAGCCAAUGCCAUCGUUGGUGGUAAGCGCAUCAUCAGCAAACUUGAGGCCCGUAUGAAGGACAUGGAGCUCGAGCUGGACGAGGAGAAGAGGAGACACGCUGAGACAAUCAAGAUCCUCCGCAAGAAGGAACGCCAAGUUAAGGAAAUCAUGAUCCAAUGCGAAGAAGACCAAAAGAACAUUACUCUCCUGCAAGAUUCUCUGGAGAAAUGCUCCCAGAAAGUCAACAUUUACAAGAGACAGUUGACUGAACAGGAGGGUCUCUCCCAACAAAGCGUCACAAGAGUGCGACGAUUCCAGCGUGAGCUUGAAGCUGCUGAAGACCGUGCUGACACUGCCGAGAGCAAUCUCUCUCUCAUCCGCGCCAAGCACCGCACCUUCGUCACCACCUCCACUGUACCUGGCUCACAAGUAUACCUAGUGCAAGAGUCCCGCGCUCUCAGCACGGAGUGA